CAUGUUGAAGCCUUACUAGCCCCCCUGUUUUUCGUAUCUGCAAGCCUAAUGCACAGUGUCCAGGUAGGUUUGGGGGCCGUUAUGACGGUGCCAGCCAAUUGUGCGUUUCAAAUGGAUUGAGCGUUACGCGUGCCAGCAAAGGAAGCAAUCCUAAUUAAAAGGAGCCGCAUGACUUGCUGGCACUUGCUACUUAGCCACCAGUCCUCAGCUUCAGUUUGGCUGUCUGCGAGAACUGGAUAAUUGUGCACAGGAAGCCAUUGCGACAGUAGCCAGUGUACGUCGUCGAAGAUGUCGUCCUCAAUGCUCGAUGUGCGGGACGACCGCCGGUCCAGGUCGAAAUCUCCAAGCGGCCGCGACAGAGAUCGAUCGAGGUCGCGCUCACGCGACGUCCGAGACCGGGACUCGGACGAUGAGUACAGCAGCAAGCGAUCGAGCAGGAGAUACGCCGAACCACAGGACGAGCCGGAGCAAGAUCGUGGGUACAAGGACAGACGGUCUAGCAAAAAGUACUACGACGAGGAAGACGAGCAAGACCGCCGCAGCAGUAAGAGAAGCUCGAAGAAAUAUGUGGACGAGAGCAACGAGGAGGACAAAUAUCGCUCUUACAGGUCAAGCAAGGACCCGCGAGUACAAGAGAUAACUCCCUCGGACGAUGACAGGAAAUAUGAACGAAGGAAAAAGUCCGACAGUGACUCGGAUCGACGCAGAGAGAAGCGAGAAAAAUCUAGCAGGAGGAAAGACGACGAUUCAGCAGAGGAGAGCGACUCAGACGCCCGUCGCAGAUACAGAGACAAAGAUUCCAACUACCAGAAUGGUCAUGGGGCACAUGGUUAUCCGCCGGGGUCCUAUGCCGAGAUCCGGCCAGAAGCAGCUCGCCAUAUGAGCUACACUCCUAGCGACCCUCGGUACUCUGCUCCAGGAGCAUACAAUGGUGGUGGCCCAGUUCCUGCUGCAAAACGGACGAGUUCUUAUGGCGGUUCUGGCGGUCCCCAGUACGCCAAUCUCGAGCAGUACAAAUAUGCAGACCCAAGUGAAAUCGCACCACGAAGACCGGAAUACGAGCGAUCUCGGCCAUCAGACUACGAACGCUCCCGCACCAAGGAUGCUAAGGAUAAUGACAACGACUACAGGAGUAGCAAGUAUGAGACACGCACUCCAAGGGAUAAGAAAUAUGACAACGACAGAUAUGAGACUCGAGAACCUAAAGGCAGGGAUUACCACGACGACUAUGACAGGUAUGCUAAGAGCGACCGGAGACGUGAUAAGGACAAAUACGGUUCUUCACCAGAAGAGGUGACCAAGAGAAUGCCAACUUUGGCGGUAGGAGGAGCCGCGCUGGGUGCUGCAACAUUAGGCGUGGCGCAGUACAACUCUCGUGACGGUAACAAGCCUCCUCCUUCGCCAUUACUCGAAGCAUACAAGGGGACCUAUCAAUCCAUUUCACCUAUGCCGUCAGCCUUGGUCCUGGCAAACCACAAAGGCGACUCGGAUUUGUCUGAUCUCGAGCUUGAUCAAGAUGACGACGAUGGGGACUCGGAUGCUGAGCUGAAACGAAAGAUCCGUCAGCUCGAAAAGGAAAAGGAAAAGUACACAAAGGGACACAACAAGAGUGCCAGUCUAGCUGAAACGACCCGUGAAGUCCGGCCGCGUCGGCUAUCCAAGAUCGACACCAAUUUGGAUGUUGAAGUCCGCGAACCAGGUAGUGCCAACCGGGACCGCUCACCCUCCAGGAGCAUAUUGUCGCCAGGAGGUGGUAGCGGGAGAAGGAAGACCGUCUCCUUCUACGACCCUACUGAAGAUGCCAAACGGAUCGCCGCUGCUCUGGCAGGCACACGGUCUCCACCAGACCCACGACCGCUUGUACAGAUAUUGCCACGGCUUUCGACGGACGAUCUGCUGGCUCUGAGGGCGGAGUACAAGAAUCACGCCAAGGUGAGCGGGCAAGGGAUCAACAUGGCCAAGCACAUCAAAAUGCGUAUUCCGGGGAAUCUGGGGAAAGCGUGCUAUGCGACCGCCUUGGGCCGAUGGGAAAGCGAGGCAUAUUGGGCAAACUCAUGGUACCAAGGGGGUGCUUCCCGGCGAGAGUUGUUGAUUGAGAGUCUGAUGGGCCGCUCAAAUAGCGACAUCCGCGAGAUCAAGAACUGCUUCAAGGACAAGAAAUACAGCGAUGACCUCGAGAAAUGUAUCCGUACAGAACUCAAAGCUGACAAGUUCCGAGUGGCUAUCUUGUUGGCCCUUGAGGAGAGACGAAUGCCGGAAUCAUCCCCUCUGGACAUCAGGCUCAUCAAGGAAGAUGUGGUGCAUCUGGCCGAAGCCUUGGAGUCGAAGGGCGGAGAGACGGAUAUGAUCAAGAUCAUCGUACUGCGGAGCGAUGCUCAUCUACGUGAAGUUCUCAGGCUGUUUGAGCGAACGUACGGCGUCAACUUUGCGAGGCAGAUGAUCACCAAGUCGAGAAAUUUGGUUGGUGAGACAUUGGCACACAUCCUGAAUGGUGCAUUGAACCGUCCCAUGCGCGACGCACUUCUUUUACACCAGGCCAUCAGUGAGACAGCGCCGGGCAAAGAACGCACUGAGCUUUUGAUCUCAAGGCUUGUCAGAAUGCACUGGGAGCCCAAACAUCUGGAAAGGGUCAAGGCAGUGUAUAAAGAGCGCUAUGGGCGCAGUGUGGAGGAGGAGGUCAAGAGAGAGGUCUGGGCACACAUGAAGACGGUGGAGGGACGUUUCUGUGCCGAUUUCUGUAUUGAGUUGGUUAGAAGCAGUUCACUAUAGGACAAAGGGGGAGAGAAGGAGAGAUGAAGAAGAUGAAGAGGAUGAAUUGUGGUAUCCAGGAUUUGUCACCGUUUUGCGCAGUCGCUAUCUCGGAUAGCAGCGAGCAGUGCAUGCCUGGGUGACAGACUUGAUCCAAGGGUAUCGAGCAGAUGCAAGAGGUGCUUCAUGGACUGCCUGAUCCAGUAUGAAGACUCUGAGCGCUGUAGAACAGCAAGAAUAGGUAAUGAGGAAUGAAUGUCUCGUCAAACAAA